AUGGUCAUGUGCUACAAGGUCCUGUGCUAUAAGGUCAUGUGCUACACGGUCCUGUGCUACAAGGUCCUGUGCUAUCAGGUCAUGUGCUACAAGGUCCUGUGCUAUAAGGUCAUGUGCUACAAGGUCCUGUGCUACAAGGUCAUGAGCUACAAGGUCAUGUGCUAUAAGGUCAUGUGCUACACGGUCAUGUGCUAUAAGGUCAUGUGCUGCAAGUUCCUGUGCUACAAAAUUAUGUGCUACAAAGUCAUGUGCUAUAAGGUCAUGUGCUACACGGUCCUGUGCUACAUUGUCAUGUGCUACAAGGUCAUGUGCUAUAAGGUCAUGUGCUGCAAGUUACUGUGCUACAAAAUUAUGUGCUACAAGGUCAUAUGCUACAAGGUCCUGUGUUACAAGGUCCUGUGCUACAUGGUCCUGUGCUACAAGGCCCUGUGCUACAAGGUCAUGUGCUACAAGGUCCUGUGCUACAAGGUCAUGUGCUACAAGGUCAUGUGA